ACAGUCACACCGCGACCAUCAUGGAGCAGCCGGCAAAGACACCAGCGAGCAGCAGCGAGCUUUUCUGCAGAAACUGUAUGAAGGAGACUCAGGAGGUGGAGGCGGAGGAAGUGGAGGGGUGUGUUCCGAAGUGGCUGGAGGGCCGAGUCACCAGGAACGGGCCCGGCAUGACCAAGGUAGGCAUCACUCACUACGACCACCUCUUCGACUCCCUCGCGAUGCUGCACCAGUUCACCAUUCGCAAAGGCGGCCGAGUUACCUACACUUCCAGGUUUCUCCGCAGCGACUCCUACACCAAGAACACACAGGCCAACAGAAUUGUGGCCACGGAGCUAGGCACGGUGGGCUAUCCGGACCCCCUGCAAGACCAUGUUCCACUACCUCGUCACCACCUUCUUCAAGCUGCCCGUGCCCGCUAACGUCAUGUCCGACAACUGCCUGGUGAACGUGUGCCAGGCCAAGGACCAGAUGUUUGCCCUCACCGAGACCUGCUUCCUGCGGCGUGUUGAUCCUGAAUCCCUGGACACUUUCGAGAAGAAGGAGGACAUCAGCAACUACGUGGCAGUCAACAUGGCGACGGCACACCCACACAUCGAGCCAGACGGGACGGUGUACAACCUGGGCAGUUCCUUCUCCCUGAUCAACGGUCCCGAGUUGCGCAUCGUCCGCUUCCCCGAGGGCAAACUGGAAGGCGCCAGCGUAGUGGGCACGGCGAGCAGCAGGUGGCGUGCGGCACUGCCCUACGUGCACAGCUUCGCCAUGACGGAGAACUACUGGGUGGUAGGCGAGCAGCCGCUGGUGCUGUCCCUGGGUAAGAUGCUGCGUCAGUACGUUACUUUAAGCAAGAUGAUUAACGCCCUCACCUGGCUGCCAGAUGAGAACCUCAGAUUUAUAGUCAUCGACAGGAAGACAGGCAAGCCUCUGCCCACCACCUACACGGCGCCGCCCAUCAUCCUCUUCCACCACAUCAACGCCUGGGAGGAGGACGGCCAUCUGGUGGUGGAUUUUCUGGGAACCAUGAAUGGCAUGCACUAUACCAACUUCUUCUUCAGUAACUUCAGAAAGUCCGACACCGAUCCUUCUAAGGUGAUCCCAGACUCCAGGCCGUGCCGGCUGGUGCUGCCCCUAAAGGUGACAGCUGAAGAGGCAAUGGAAAAGCAACACUUCACCUUGAAGGACACUUUGUACACCGCUGUCAGAAAAGAGAAUGGGGAACUGCACUGCACACCGGCGCUUCUCUCCCCGGUGGUCUUCGAACUCCCGAGGAUCAAUUACCUGAGGAACGGCCUGCCCUACCGCUACACCUACGGGGUUACCGGCGGCUCGGAAGUGUUCUUCCAGCGGCUGGUGAAGCUGGACGUGGAGACCGGCAAGACUUGGUAUUUCCAGGAGGAGGGCUACGUGGCCGCUGAGCCAAUCUUCGUGCCCAGGCCGGGGGCAACGAAAGAGGACGACGGAAUUAUUCUUUCCUCUCUGCUGAAGCUAAACGACUCCCGCUACGUGGCGCUGGUGGUGCUGAACGCCAAGGACAUGUCGCAGCUGGCCAGGGUGCGGUUCACGGCUGAGGGAGACGUGACCUAUCCCUUCCACGGCCAGUUCGUUGAUCCUCGCGAGGAGGUCCACUUGUACUGAAAGUCGAGGAUGAGAACCACGGACUAAUGCAAGCACGGAUCUGAUUAGGUGCAUUUACAGCAGCAAGGAAGUUCAGCAUUACGCAAGCGGCGGCUGGCACUGAAAGCAUAAUUAGGAAUACAGACAAUUACGGUUUGACAAAAGUUUAUCCACUGGGUAUAUUAAAUAAUGUAUCAUUUGUUAUACUGAGGGUAUUAGUAAUGUCAAAUGCUGUUUGUUAUACUGAUGGAACACUACAUAAUGACAGUCAUUAUGACACUUCGAUCACAUUACUGUUUUCU